AUGGCUCCCGAGAAGCACACAGCUGCAACAUCCGGCCCCGCGGUCGGGCCUAUGACAACCGGAGCGGGCGCCGAUAUCGAAGGCACAGCACCGACCGAUGGCCACUCACCACACCGCGCAGGCGACGACGAUGCCCUCGCCAUGGUCGGCACGCACACACAACAAUACGACCCUGCCGUCGCUGCUCGCGCAGUGCGCAAAAUCGACUGGUUUCUCAUCCCCGCCAUGAUCUUUGGCUAUGGAUUAGUUUAUUACGACAAGGCAAUUCUAGGUUCAGCAGUCCUCUUUGGGAUGACCAAGGACCUGCAACUUUCCGUCCCGACUCCCGGGGGUGGCGUCGACACCUCACGGCUCUCCUGGGCCACCUCUCUCUUCUACUUUGGCAUGCUCGCAGGCCUGUACCCGAUGACUUACGCCCUUCAACGCUUCGACAUCGGCCGCAUACUCGGAGGCGUGGUCAUCUUUUGGGCGGGCAUUUGCAUGCUCACAGCUGCCGUGACGUCUCACCAGGGCCUGUACGCGCAACGCUUCUUCCUGGGGUUUGUCGAGAGCAUCAUCCCCACCGGCUUCAUGUGCAUCAUCUCCGGAUACUACACCCAGCUCGAACAGUCCCUCCGCCAGAGUUGGUGGUUCAGUUCCACCGGACUCUUCACCAUCAUUGGCGGCGCGCUGAACUACGCUUUCGCGCAAAUCCAUUCCGGCGCUCUCAAACCAUGGCAAUACAUCUAUCUGUUGGCGGGCUGCCUGACGUUCCUCUUUGGCUGUUUCUGCUUCGUCAUGCCCAACUCGCCCGUCUCCGCCUGGUUCCUCACUCCCGACGAACGCUUUGCCGCCGUCGAGCGUCUACGAUACGGCCAAACCGGCGUCCGCUGCACCAAGUUUAAAACGUCACAGCUCCGCGAGGCAAUCCUCGACGUCAAGGUCUGGCUUAUCGCGCUGAUGAUGGCGUCGGCAUACACCAUGAACGGCGCUGUCUCCGGUUUUGGGCCAUUGAUCGUAUCGACUUUUGGAUGGACGUCUCUCGAGUCGAUUCUGUUUCAGUUCCCACUCGGUGGAAUCUGUUUCAUCGUUAUUCUUCUCACGGGCUAUCUCGGUUCUCGAUUCUCCAACAUCCGGAUUCUCAUGUUGGUCAUCUGCUGCCUCCCAGUCAUUGCAGGUUGCGCGUUGAUUUGGCGUUCCGCCUGGACGUACCACGCCGCUGCUCCUGUGGUAGGUUACUCUAUAACCGGCUUUUUCGGUGGCGUCGUGAGCCUGAUUAUUACCUUGGGCAUGUCCAACGUUGCGGGCCACACGAAGAAGAGCUUCAUGGCGGCCACGAUCUUCGUGGCCUACUGCGUCGGCAACAUUGUUGGGCCUCAGCUCGUCAAGUCCCAGAGCAAGGCUCAGCACUAUCCCGAGCUCUGGUUGGGCCUGAUUAUCUGCUAUGUCAUCUGCAUACUUGCUGCUGGUGCCCUGUACUACGUCCUCUGGCGUGAGAACAAGCGUCGCGGGGCGUUGCCUGUUGACGAAGCAGAGCGGGCCAAGUUUGCUUUCCAGGACUUGACGGACAAGGAGAAUCCAUACUUCCGCUACGUUUAUUAA